UUUUCUUUUUUCUACAAACAGAACUCCUCUGAAGAUCAUCUAGAGAUGGCAAAAGUUUUCAAGAAGACCAGUGGAAACGGAGGGUUGACCCUCUACCUGGGGAAGAGAGACUAUGUGGACCAUGUAAACUCUGUGGAACAAGUUGAUGGUGUUGUAAAGCUGGAUCCAACAGAUUUUGGUGACAGGAAAGUCUUUGUGCAGCUGGCAUGUGCCUUCCGUUAUGGUAGUGAUGACCUGGAUGUGAUGGGUCUAUGCUUCAGAAAGGACAUCUGGAUCAAUUAUGUCCAGAUCCACCCUGCAGACCACAAGCCAACUUUGACUGCCAUGCAUGAAACCCUGAUGAAGAAGGCUGGAGACAACUCACACCCUUUCUCUUUUGAGAUCCCUAACGCCCUGCCAUGCUCAGUGUCUCUACAGCCUGGACCAGAUGACAAGGGGAAGGCUUGUGGUGUGGAUUUUGAGGUUAAAUGUUACCUUGCCAAUGAAAGGAGCAACCCUGAUGAGAAGAUUGAAAAGAAAGACACUGCCCGCCUUAUCAUCCGUAAGGUCCAGUAUGCCCCCUCCCAGAUCGGUGCUGGGCCUAAGGCGGACCUCUGCAAAAGCUUCAUGAUGUCUGACAAGCCUGUUCAUGUAGAAGCUUCAAUGGAGAAAGAUCUGUACUUCCAUGGCGAGGCAAUCCCAAUUAAAAUCAAAAUCAACAAUGAAAGCAACAAAACAGUGAAGAAAUUCAAAAUCACUGUGGACCAAACCACAGACAUUGUCCUCUACUCAGCAGACAAAUACACCAAGCAGGUUUUUUGCCAAGAGUUUACAGAAACAGUGGAUCCUAAUGGCAGCUAUGAAAACACCCUGUCCAUCACCCCCAAACUUGCUGAAAACAAAGAGAAACGUGGACUUGCACUGGAUGGUCGACUGAAGGAUGAGGACACCAACCUGGCCUCCACCACUAUGCUGAAAAAGGGUAUCGAAAAUGAAGUGCUUGGAAUCCUGGUGUCCUACAAGAUUAAGAUUAACCUCCUUGUAGCCGGAGGAGGCUUGUUGGGUGGCCUCAUUCCCAGUGAUGUCACAGUGGAGCUCCCACUGUGUCUCAUGCACCCAAAACCAGAAGAGUAAAGACAGCACAUCUGUUGUCUUGAAAGAAAACUCCCCUAUAGUCAAGAGGAUGUUGCCCCAGACGACGGAAAGUACCCACAGAUUGACUGAAAGACUACAAAGAUGAAAGAUGCAAAACCAAAAAGAAGAAGAUAGAUGUGGCUGAUGUAAUGAA